AUGCGCUGGUCACUCGUCGCGCUCGCCUCGGCAGCGGCCGCGGGCGUCAUCAGCCCGGCCUCGAAUCUGGAGCCAAACCUGGGAUCGGGGGACGGGCUGGGUGUCCCGUGGUACGGGGGCCCCGAGAUCUGGGGGUCGCACAACGACAUCGACGAGUGCCAGAUGCACCAAGCCAUCGAGUGCCUGCACGAGCAGAUCUGCGCGCGGCGGCGGGUGCCGCGGUUCGGCAAGAUCCGGUGCACCAUCGGCGGCGCGGUGGCAUACCUGUGCAACUACCAAACCAAGAAGAGCAAGGAGGUGCUCGAGGACGGCGCCGAAGUGUGGACGGGCGGCGAGCUGGCGUGCGGGGUCGAGGACAUGUACGAGGCGUGGCGGCAGAUCCGCAUCGCCAAGGCGUCGGCGACGGGGUGGUGGCACGACCCGCGCGGGCGGCGCACGUACGGCUUCGACCGCAGCUGCCGCGCCAACGAGUGCGACAACGGCUGGGCCGAGGGCUCCGAGGGCGAGCAGUGCACCAACAUGCACGCUCCCAAGGCCCACCACGACUGGGUCUUCGACUUUGUCGGCGACACGUACCCAAACUUCACUGCCCAGCACACCCAGGCCCUGCCCGAGCUCGGGGACCCCAACGAGCCCGUCUACUUCAAGCCGUGGCACGAGGGGCGGCGCCCAAAGUACUGA